AUGGAUGUUAGUAUGAGGAAACAUGCAAUGCGAGACACAUCAAAGAUUCUGGUAUCACAAUCAAUUCUUGAAGCUGCACUGCAUGUUAAGCAAGCACAGGUGGCAGCCUCAGAAGAUGCCUUUGGUUGCCCAAGUGACGAAGUUGAUGAGAUUGAUUUUCACUGUGAUUUAGAUGAUCCAAUUAUGGAGGAUGCCUUUCUAGAUGUAGGGUUAUCUUUUAGUGCCCGUGGUGAUGAGCAUCUUCAUUAA